AUUUUUUCUUUCAAACUCACAAUAUCUUUUCUUCUCUUCUCAAACUGUUUCUUCUUCUUCUACUUCUGGAACUUUCAUCGGAUUCGUUCUUUCAGCGAGUGUACUGUGAAGAUGGGAGAAGUGAGCGACGAAGUUGUCGAGGUGACGGUGGUGGAGAAAGCACCCGAGGCAGCAGGCGGAGGAAAGCUAACGCGGCGGAAGAUGCGGAGGAAGGACGCCGCGGAGGUCGGCGAUGGUCUGGUGACGUGGGAGAGGUUUCUCCCGAAGAUAUCGCUCAGAGUUUUGCUAGUGGAAGCAGACGAUUCCACAAGGCAGAUUAUCUCCGCUCUCCUCAGGAAAUGCAGUUACAGAGUUGCUGCUGUACCUGAUGGGUUGAAAGCUUGGGAGAUGCUUAGAGGGAAGCCUGAGAGCGUCGAUUUGAUAUUGACAGAGGUUGAUCUGCCUUCGAUUUCUGGAUACGCUCUUCUCACACUUAUCAUGGAGCAUGAUCUCUGCAAGAACAUUCCUGUCAUAAUGAUGUCGACGCAGGACUCGGUUAAUACUGUGUAUAAGUGCAUGUUGAAAGGUGCGGCUGAUUAUCUUGUCAAGCCGUUGAGGAGGAAUGAGCUGAGAAAUCUCUGGCAACAUGUCUGGAGAAGACAAAGCUCACUUGCUCCUGGUAGUAACUUUCCAGUAGAUGAGGGUGUUGGACAGCAGAAACCUGAGGGUGCGUCUGCGAACAACUCAACAAGUAACCACGUGAAUGGAUUCCAGAGAGAGGAACGUCCUGUGAUUGGGAACGGUGGUGGUGAUGAUCAGAGCUCAUGUUCAAGACCAGAGAUGCAAGGUGAGAGCGCAGACGUGGAGGAUAUCCCAAGAGUCUCGUCCAAAGAGGCCAUUGACUUCAUGGGAGCCUCGUUUAGAAGAAACGGACAAAGCAACAGAGAAGAAAGUGUUGCUAAGAAUGAUUAUUCUCGGAUAGAGCUUGAUCUCUCCUUGAGAAGACCUGAUGCUUGUGAGAACCAACCCUCUCUUCAUCCUUCUAGUGCCUCUGCUUUCACACGGUACGUUCACAGGCCGUUGCAGACGCAAUGUUCGGUCUCUCCCUUGGUUACCGAUCAAAGAAAGAACGUUGAUAACAACAUUGUGCUGAUCAACCAAUACAAUGUAUCUGAACCACCUCAAAGUGCUCAGAGAAGAAACGAGGCUAGCUUUUACAAUAGCUCUGACUCACCUGGCCCACCUUUUAGCAACCAGAUGAACUCUUGGCCAGGACAGGGUUCUUACCCAACGCCAGUUCCCAUUAUACAGUUCCCCGGACCUAAUACAGCUCACGCAUCUGCCAUGGCUCCUACUUCAGUGUCUCCAAGCCCUAGUUCCGUUAGCCCGCAUGAGUACAGUUCCAUGUUUCACCCGUUCAACGGUAAACCCGAGGGCUUGCAAGAGCGGGAUGGUUCCAUGGAUAUAGAGGAGAGAAGACACGUCUCCUCUGCAACAGAACAUAGUGGAACAGGCAAUCAAUGUAGUUACAUUGAAUAUCAUCAUCAACAGCAGCCGCUUCUAGAGAAGAGGAACGAAGAAGGAUACUCGUCCUCUGUUGGGAAACUUCAGCAGUCUCUUCAACGGGAAGCUGCUUUGAACAAAUUCAGGAUGAAGCGCAAGGAGAGGUGCUUUGAGAAAAAGGUCCGUUAUGAGAGCCGGAAGAAAUUAGCAGAACAACGGCCUCGAAUCAAAGGGCAAUUCGUUCGUCAAGUCCAGUCAACUGAGACCUCAACACAAGAAGAAGUUCCACAAUGAUUCAACAAAUUUAUGUAUUAAUUAUUAGAUUUUGUAUCAAAGAGGGAGGGGUUUGAUUCCUCCGUUACAUUAGCUGUUCUUGUACUAACUCUCUACGUACGUAGUUGGUGAUACUUUUGUGUGUACAUACAGCUUUCGGGCUUGGUUGUUAAGUUGAGUUUAGUUAGUAUCAUCUA